AUGGCGGCGCUCAGCGCGGAGCUGCAGGACCUGGUGCGGGUGAAGCGGCAGCUGGUGGAGGUUCAGGAUCAGUGCCGGGAGCGCGGGCUGGUCCACAGCGCCAAAUGGGCGUCUGAGUUGGCCUUCGCUCUCAACCCUCUUCCACUCAGUAAGCUGCCCUCCCCGCCUGAGCUGACUGAGGAGGACGCUCAGGAUCUGGACGCUCUCUGUUUGGCCAAGUCGUAUUUUGACCUGAAGGAGUACGACAGGGCGGCAUAUUUCCUCCGAGGCUGUCGCAGCCAGAAAGCCUAUUUCCUCUACAUGUACUCUCGAUAUCUGUCCGGGGAGAAGAAGAAAGAUGACGAGACUGUUGACAGCCUGGGUCCUCUGGAGAAAGGGCAGGUGCGGAACGAGGCACUGCGAGAGCUGCGAGUGGAGCUCAGUAAGAAGCACAGCGCCGGAGAGCUGGACGGAUUCGCCCUCUACCUGUACGGCGUGGUGCUGCGGAAACUGGACCUCCUGAAAGAGGCGGUGGACAUCUUCGUCGCUGCGACCCACGCUCUUCCUCUGCACUGGGGCGCCUGGCUGGAGCUCUGCAACCUCAUCACCAACAUCGAAAUGCUGAAGUCUCUGUCUCUGCCCGACUGCUGGGUGAGGGACUUUUUCAUGGCGCACAUGUACACCGAGCUGCAGAUGAUCAAAGAGGCGCUGCAGAAGUACCAGAGCCUGAUGGACGCUGGAUUCGCCAAGAGCACCUACAUCAUCUCCCAGAUCGCCGUGGCGUAUCACAAUAUUAGAGACAUCGACCAGGCCUUAGAUCUGUUUAAUGAACUUCGGGAGCAAGAUCCGUUCCGGAUUGAGAACAUGGACACCUUCUCCAACCUUCUCUAUGUCAGGAGCAUGAAGCCAGAGCUCAGCUAUUUGGCCCAUAACCUGGUGGAGAUUGAUAAGUACCGAGUGGAGACGUGCUGUGUUAUUGGUAAUUACUACAGUCUGCGCUCCCAGCAUGAGAAGGCAGCGCUGUAUUUCCAGAGAGCUCUGAAGCUGAACCCACGCUGUCUGGGGGCCUGGACUCUCAUGGGGCACGAGUACAUGGAGAUGAAGAACACGUCAGCAGCCAUCCAGGCCUACAGACAUGCUAUUGAAGUGAAUAAAAGGGACUAUCGGGCCUGGUACGGACUUGGACAGACGUACGAGAUCCUCAAGAUGCCUUUUUAUUCGCUUUACUACUACAGAAAAGCCCACCAGCUCAGGCCGAACGACUCUCGCAUGCUCGUGGCUCUCGGCGAGUGCUAUGAAAAACUGUCUCAGCAAGUUGAAGCGAAAAAGUGUUACUGGAGAGCGUACUCUGUGGGAGACGUGGAGAGGAUGGCUCUACUCAAACUGGCGAAACUUCACGAGCAGUUAAACGAAUCAGACGACGCGGCUCAGUGUUACAUCAUCUACAUCCAGGACAUCUUCUCCUGUGGGGAGCAGCUGGAACACGCCGAGGUGAGCACCGCUCUGCGCUAUCUGGGUCAGUACUACUUCAAGAACAAACUGUACGACGAGGCGUCUCUCUGCGCUCAGCGCUGCUGUGACUACAACGAUGCGCGUGAGGAGGGGAAGGCCUUGUUGAGGCAGAUCUCAGCCGUACGGGAGCAAGGAGAGCCGUCCUCCACUGAUCUGUCCUUACCUAGCGUCUUCAAUCCUCUGUCCAGCAACACCACACCAGUCAGAAGAGUGUCCCCACUGGACCUGUCCUCUGUUACGCCAUGACAUUCGUCAUAGGAGUGGUCAUUUCUGGUUCAAUGGUUUGGGAAAGCUCUCUCAAGCGAGGGGUCAUCAUUUCUUUCUUGGAGAGUCCAGCACAGUCUGCUGAUUUUCCUGCUCAGGCACAUCUACUAAACCCAGUGACAAACUGCAGAGCUGAAUGAGCUAACUGGACCUCCAGGACCAGAGCUGGACACUCCUGUCUUAUUUGUGUAUCUUGCUUUAGGUGAUUUGGUAAUUUGAAUGUUAAAGUAAUUCUUUUCUUCAGCCCAACCUCUGUCUGCCACAUCUGUAUCACACUUUGGAUUAAAACAUAAAAAUUUGUUUUCCUGAA